AUGGCCGGCCUCCAGUUUGCGACAUUCAACUCGCUCGUCGAGAUGCCGUUCUACUCGGCCCUAUUUGCCUCCAAGCUCGACCAUGACAAGCUUGACGACUCUGCGCGCGCCGUUUUGGGCCUGUACGAGCCGCGCGGCGAGAAAGACCCGAGCAUCAGCUCUCAGAUGCAGAUUCAAGGCGGGGCCUUGACAAAUAACCAGUACGUACGGCCGCGUGGCCACGGUCGACAAGUCGUCAAGAUACAGCGCUACGGGUUUGAAGGCAAGCGGCUAACCAGGAUGUAG